CAUUCGCCAACCGGCUAUGGUUUGAAAACCACUCUUGGUGAAUCCGCUGGAACCCAGACUUUUGAUUCGGUAGACAAAACCGAUGUGGCUAUUGUGAUUGGCGCCAACCCUUCAGAGGCACAUCCGGUAUUUGCUUCGCGUCUGAAAAAGCGUUUGCGGCAAGGAGCUAAGUUGAUUGUGGCAGACCCCCGCGAAAUUGAUCUGGUGGACAGUGUCCACAUUAAAGCAGCGCAUCAUUUGGCCAUGCGCCCCGGAACGAAUGUCGCUGUAGUUAAUGCCCUCGCCCAUGUGAUUGUAAAUGAAGGGUUGGAAGCAACAGAUUUUAUAGCCAACCGUUGCGAAGAUGAUGCCUACCAACUGUGGCGCACAUUUAUUGGUGACGAAAAACAGUCACCAGAAGCUACUGAAUCUAUUACCGGUGUCCCCGCCGAGGAAAUGCGAGCGGCCGCUCGUUUAUACGCCAAUGUUGGUAAUGGUGCCAUUUAUUACGGCCUUGGUGUCACCGAACAUAGUCAGGGCUCUACCGCUGUGAUGGCUAUUGCCAAUCUCGCUAUGUUGACCGGUAAUAUUGGUCGCGAAGGUGUUGGGGUGAAUCCAUUGCGCGGUCAAAACAAUGUACAAGGUUCCUGCGAUAUGGGUUCUUUCCCUCAUGAACUGCCCGGUUAUCGCCAUAUUUCCGAUCCAGAAGUGCGCGGUCUAUUUGAGAAAACCUGGGGUGUUACCUUGCAAAGCGAACCUGGGCUGCGUAUUCCCAAUAUGUUUGAUGCCGCAGUGGAAGGCACUUAUAAAGGCAUGUACAUACAGGGUGAAGAUGUGGCUCAGUCCGACCCCAAUAUCCACCACGUAGAAGCGGCGCUAGGUUCACUGGAAUGCUUAGUGGUGCAGGACAUUUUCCUUAACGAAACCGCCAAAUUUGCUCAUGUAUUGUUGCCCGGCUCUACUUUUUUAGAAAAAGACGGCACCUUCACCAAUGCUGAGCGCCGUAUAUCGCCGGUGCGAAAAGUGAUGGAGCCAUUGGCAGGGCUACAGGAUUGGCAAGUGACCUGUAAAUUGGCAGAGGCUAUGGGAUACCCUAUGAACUACAGUCAUCCAGCAGAAAUUAUGGAUGAAAUUGCCGCCCAUACACCCACAUUUAGUGGAGUCAGUUACGAAAAGCUAGAUCGUCAGGGCAGCAUACAAUGGCCUUGCAAUAAUGAAGCGCCGGAAGGUACGCCCAUUAUGCAUACCGAUGAAUUUGUCCGUGGGCAGGGUUACUUUGCCAUUACCCAAUUUGUUGAAACCGAAGAGCGAAGCACUCGCAAAUAUCCACUGUUGUUGACCACGGGUCGUAUUCUCUCGCAAUACAAUGUGGGUGCUCAAACUCGCCGCACAGAAAAUGUGCAAUGGCACGAUGAAGAUGUGCUGGAGAUACAUCCGUUUGAUGCGGAGGAUCGAGGAGUGCAACAAGACGAUUGGGUUAGCAUAGCCAGUCGAGCUGGUGAUGUUGUGCUGCGUGCAGAUGUGACCACACGGGUGCAAGCGGGGGUGGUUUACACCACCUUCCAUCAUCCAUCUACUGGAGCCAAUGUAGUAACUACGGAUAAUUCCGACUGGGCCACUAACUGUCCAGAAUACAAAGUUACGGCAGUGCAAGUGGCUAAAGUGAUGGAGCCAUCGGUAUGGCAAAAGGCUUUUGAGGUUCGCGACAAAAAGCAAUUGGACUUUCUUAAUAGUGAAUAG